GCUUUUCGAUCCGUUCUAGGGUUUCGCCGUGUGCAUGGAAAAGCUGCGAUUUCGGUCUCUGUGGCAUCGGUGUCCGGGGAGAUUCCGUCGGAUUCGGCCAAUUUGAGCUCGCUUCUACUGUCCAUUGCUGAAACAAGUGUGCCGGAGCUCGUAUCCUCACCGAAUCUUGUUGUUGUUCCCGAUCGUAUGACUGACAUCUGCCGAUCUAAGGGUUCAGAAAAGUUCCUCCUUUGCUGGUGCACUGUCCAGAAUUCGUGUUUUUUCGGCUGAUUCUUCUCUCCCUUUUCUGUUGUCCGCUAUAGAAAGUUGGGAGUUUGGCAUCACAAACUUAUGUGAAUUUUGAUCCCUACUUCAUUGAUUUGGGAUUAGCGUUUUGUAAAGAUGAACCUGGAAAGUGACAACUUUGCUAGGUGUGACAGACACCCAACUGAGCUAUUCACUGCGUUCUGUUCUUCUUGCUUGGUCGAGAGGUUGUCAAAUGUUGGAACUGCUGAAAGAAGCAAGGAGGCGCCUUGUAGCACAGACAGUGAAAUUGCUGAGAUCCCUGAUAUAGUUCCUAAUGUUAAUAAGAAGACUAACGAAAUCAGGGCUAGAAAGACUCUCAGGUACCUGUUUCAACUGGAUAAUGGUUUGGAUGUUAGUAAUAAAGGGAAGGAAGCAGAUGAACUUGCGCCAUCAACCUCGAAUGCAUGUGAAAGUAGUUCUGAUGGUGUCUCCAAGGAUGCAAACAUCAAAGUCAACUCUUAUGAAGAAACUAAAAUGGUGGAGACCGACGCCAAUUCUUCUGAGGAGAGUUCUAUGAGCACUUGUAUUGCAAAAGAGAUCAAUCUGUCUCAAGACAAGAAGAGGAAUGACAGAGGUCUAACUCUUUGGUUCAAUUCAAUUUUGACAAACAAAGGGAUUUCAUGGAAAACAAGGAGAUCCUCAAAGAAGCAUGAAAUGCAUGAUGAUACGUUGAGUAAUGGAUCUGAUGAUAAACAGUUGGAAGGGACUCCUGGCUUGCGACAUUCUUGUGAUGGGAGAGUAUGCUAUCAUUCAAGCAAGAACUCCUGGGACCCCCCUAGACAUUCAUGGGAUGGUUCAAUGGUGAGCAGAGCACUGGCCUGCUCAUGUUCAUGCCUUGAAGAGCAAGAAGAUGAUUUAAGAAGAUUUAAGAAAGAUAUGCAUGGUGAAUUGACGGGAAAAUCCAGCCAAACUACUAAUACUGCUGGCAGUUGCAUAGCUACUACCAAGUUAUCCAUGGCCGAUGAGAAACCUAAUUCUACUGAUGGCAACAUAGAAGGCCUUAUCAUCGAAAGGCUUUAUGAAGAAUCUCAACUGGGGGAAUCUGUCUCUAGAAUUAGAGGGAAAAAGUCACGCAGAUUGAGUAAGGUUUGGGAUUGGAGUAUAACUUAUUCUUUCAGAGACUUGGUAAAAAAGCGUGAUCAUAUUCUGGAUAGGUGUGCAUCAGAGACUUGUCAAGGACGAAAGAGCAACAUUACCAAAAGCAUGCAAAGCAGUCGUGUAUCGCAAAUCAGUGGUAAUCAUCAUAGUUCUGUUAGAGUGGAUCAGAGUGUACAUCGAAAUGCUAAUGUUGCUAAUGCUGAUCCAAAGAUGAAAAAUGAAUUCAGGAUUGGUCGAAGCCGAAGUGUUCAUUACCCUUCGCCUGGGAACCUUGACUAUGGACUUCUACGCUUCCAUCUGACUCCACUAAGAAGCAGUAGAAGAUGUACGAGUAGGAUUAGAAGCAAAAACACACAUUAUUUUGGGAGAGGUAUCCUUGGGUUGAACUAAGUGUCAACUUAAAGUAUCUCGAGUCAUGGCUGUAGAUUAAUUGAUGAUAGCAGGUCCAAGCUUCAGGCCUGAAGACUGUUGCCAUAUUUCCUUUCUCUGGAUCAUCACGUGCUUUGGAUAAGUUCCUGAGUUGCUUAUUAAAUUCUUUGCAAUAUUGGUAAUGAUGAGAAAGAGGAAAUACGAGCUGCACAACUCACUUUCAACUUCGUUGGGGAAGUGCCAUCUCUCUUUUUUUCUCCAUUAGAUUUAUUUAGUCGACUAGCAUUGGAUGUGUAGAAUGUCAAAUAAUACAAAACUAUAGUAGUAUUGUUAGUAAAGCAUGUAUUACUGUUAGACCUUGAUAUUCUGUACUUCGAGAUAAGUCGUAUGAAGGUUUAUUGUUUACUA